AUGGGAAAUAGCCCUUCUAAAUCGAAGAACGGACUCCCGCUCUCACGAACAGAUACUGGAAACUCCGUAAAGUCGGGACGCUCCAUUCGCUCCCGCCGCUCGGCAUCACAGCUCCUGGUAAACAAUACCGAUUCUCCCCGCCAGCUCAGCAGAAAAAACUCCUCGGCUUCUCUACCGAAUGGCGACUUGCUGCCAGCAUCUGAGAAUGGCCUUGAGGACUCCAACAUUAGCGUCCAUGCACUGAUGGUGACUCCAGAACCUGAGAAACCCAUCUUGCUUCGCAGGAAUACUGAUGAUACGGAGCACACUGGCCGUGUUACCACUAAUGGUGACGAGUUGGCUCCGCUCUCCAGAUCCAGUACGAACCACUCGACAAGACUUGGCUCUGUCACACCUUCCAGCACUUUUCUAACCCCACAACACACUGGUGCCAGCAAUAAUGGCUACAAUGAUGACAAGAGUGAUGCAAUUUCCAUAUCGCUGAAGCGAUCAGUCCGCUCAUUAUCUCUGAGUAGAGCUGCAUCCAGAAGAGGCUCAUCAAGGGAAGUGAAUGUCGAUCGCAGUGAUCUUACUAGCGACAGUGCUACAAUUGAUAUUGAAGACUUCAUCCAGCGACUUCUUGACGCAGGCUAUUCCGGAAAGAGAACCAAGUCUGUAUGUUUGAAGAAUAACGAAAUCCAAUUGGUAUGUGCAAAAGCAAGAGAGAUAUUCUUGCUGCAACCCUCCCUAUUGGAGUUAUCACCUCCGGUGAAAGUUGUUGGAGAUGUUCAUGGUCAAUACUCGGAUUUAAUUCGUGUGUUCACAAAGUGCGGUUUCCCUCCCCUGACAAACUAUUUGUUCCUUGGAGACUACGUGGAUCGUGGUAAGCAAUCUUUGGAGACCAUUUUGCUCCUACUUUGUUAUAAAAUCAAGUAUCCGGAAAACUUCUUCCUUCUCAGAGGUAAUCAUGAAUGUGCCAAUGUGACGAGAGUUUAUGGUUUCUACGAUGAAUGCAAAAGACGCUGCAACAUUAAGACAUGGAAACUUUUCAUUGAUACAUUCAAUACCCUCCCAAUCGCUGCUAUUGUAGCGGGAAAGAUCUUUUGUGUGCAUGGCGGUCUUUCUCCUGUCUUGAACUCAAUGGACGAGAUCAGAAACAUCGCUCGCCCAACUGACGUUCCAGACUUCGGCCUUCUCAAUGAUUUGCUAUGGUCAGAUCCUGCGGAUACAGUUAAUGAAUGGGAAGACAAUGAACGCGGUGUGUCGUAUGUGUUUUCGCGGGUCGCUAUCAAUAAAUUUCUACAAAAAUUUGGCUUCGAUUUGGUCUGUCGAGCGCAUAUGGUUGUCGAAGAUGGUUACGAAUUUUUCAAUGACCGAACACUUGUUACAGUCUUUAGUGCACCCAAUUACUGUGGAGAGUUUGAUAACUGGGGUGCUGUCAUGAGCGUAUCCGAAGAAUUGCUUUGUUCAUUUGAGUUACUCGAUCCGUUGGAUUCUGUGGCAUUGAAGCAGGCCAUGAAGAAAGGCAAGCAAGAACGAAAAAUGUCCCUACUGCAGCAAUUCCUGCGGUAA